AAGUGGCCUUUCCCGGAAGAACGCUGCCACUGGCCUACAGGGCCACCCAAAAUCAGUUGCCCUGUUACCCGUCUAGCGGUGUAGUUCAGCGUGCAGUGAUAUACUGAUAUACGUCGUUUCUGUUUGUGGAAUCUUUGUUGCCAGCAUCAGUCAGUUGACUUUGUGUACUCACUGAUAUACUUCAGUAUCCCGAAGUGAUGGAUAAUCGCCCUGCAUUGCAAGAAAAUGUGCGGAAUACAAAGAAGAGGAGGUAUUUGCGGAGUAACGAGCGUUCGAUCGUCUCUAACGUUAUUACAGCGUGUGUUAAGGAGGCAACACAAAAAGAACUGUUGGUUAACAUUAACAGCCCCAAUCAAAGGGCUGCAGUUUAUGCAAACGUCAGCCUCGCCACUAUAGGACGCAUAAGGAAGGAACGUGAAAACAAGCCGCAUGGUUUACUGGAAUUGCCGCGAAGGAAAACUGAUAAUUUAGGGAGGAAACCCAUCGUCAUAGACAGUUUCACAAAAUCAGUCAUUCGACAAACGAUGGAGGACUUUUACAUAAACCAAAAAAUAGUGCCGACAUUACGGAAAUUGCUUAAUGCCGUGAAACAAAAAAUACAUUUUCCUUGGCAGAAAGAUGUUUUACACAAGACAUUGCAUGAAAUGGGAUUUACCUGGAAAAGAUCUGUAAGUAAACGAAAGAUUCUCGUAGAAAGAACGGAUAUAAUUGACUGGCGAUGUAAGUAUCUGAUCCAAGUGAGGAAAUUAAGGGAGCUAGGCAGAAAAUUCUUUUAUAUUGAUGAAACUUGGGUGGACAAUAACAUUACUUACAGAAAAUGUUGGCAGGGCCCUGGCGUUGAGGGCAUUAUGGACAAUGUUAGCGGAAGCAAUAGGAUUAUAGUGGUGAAUAUUGGAUCAAAAGAUGGGUUCUUACCCAACGCACAGUUGGUUUAUAAAGCGGGUUGUGCAACAGGAGACUACCAUGGGCAAAUGAACUACGAAAAUUUUUCUAAUUGGAUAUCGAAUAAAGUGAUUCCGAAUCUGCCACCGAACUGUGUUAUUGUUAUGGACAACGCUUCAUAUCACAACAAGGAACACAACAAAGCUCCAACUAGGUCCUCGAAUAAAAGCGAAAUGAUUGAAUGGUUAUUAAAAAAUAAGGUGGAAGCUGAGUUGACAAUGAGAAAAACAAAAUUAUUUGAUUUAAUUAAACAACAUAAGCCGGAAGACAAAGUAUUUGAAAUUAAUAAAAUACUUGAAGCCCAUGGACACACUGUGCUGCGACUUCCACCAUACAACUGUGACUUAAAUCCAAUUGAAAUGGCGUGGGCAAAGCUCAAGAAUUUCGUCAGAGGAAGAAAUAUUCUUGGAGAUAUUUGCAUGACGAAGUUGCUGCAGUUGGUGAAAGAAGGUUUUGAAACGAUAAGUCAAGAUGACUGGAGUGCAUACUGCCUCCAUGUGGAGAAACUUGAAAGAGAAUAUUGGGUUAAGGAUGGGGUUAUGGAAGACAUAAUAGACGCUAUAGUUAUUAAUUUAGAAAGUGAUGACGACGAGGACGACGACGACGACGACGACAGUAAUGAUAGUGACAAUGUUGAUGAUGACCUCUAAAAUACGAUGUAUGUAAACAGGCAAUGAAUAUUUUUUUGAAAAAUAUGUUGUGUGUUCUUUCAAGCCUGACUCUGCUCAUACACUAUGAAAUUUCUUUUGGUAGAAAUGUAGUACAUGGUAGUAAAAGAUUUUCCAAGAUAAAUACAGUCAAAUGUUGUCCAAAGCAAUAAAUACCAUUAUCACUUGUUGUACAAAACCAGGAAUAACUUGAGAGCUUCAUGGUAAAAUCGAUUAACGUUUCGCUAGCAGAACGUGAUUCAAUCACGUAAUACAUUUAAUGCCUAGAGAACAGCAGCAUUUGAAUAUACUCUGUCACUAAAACUCUAUCUCGGUUACUAUUCACAUGAUUCUAAGGAAUAUUGCUUAAAACAUGUGUGCAAUAGCUAAUCUAAACACUACUGAAAUUUCUUUCGAGACACGUAUACCGAUUCUGGACUUCUAUGUAAAAAGCUUGACAUACAAGGUGCGUUCACAUAUUAAUUUUUAUUUUUUGGUAAGAACUUUACUUGUUAAUCUACAACAAUGUUAUCCUAUUCAAAAUAUUCCCCAGUACAUGCUAUACACUUAUGCCAGUGCUUUUUCCAAUUCCCAAAACACUUUAGGAAUUAUUUCCUCGGGAUAGUUCAUAGGCCUUUUGACUGCAUUUUUAAUCUCACCCAUUCUUGUAAAACUGCUGUCCUUUAAGGCCUGCUUUGAAAUGUUUAUACCACUUGUGUGUUCUGGGUUUACUCAUAAGAGACUCACCAAAAGCAAUAUUUAACAUUCCUAAAAAUUUGAUACACUUUAUUCCAUUCUUAUAACAAAAUUUAGUACAGAUUCUCUAAUCUAUUUUUAUACAAAACAAAUAAUAGUUGAUGCUACCAAAACACAUAUAACUUUUUUGACAACUGAGAGCCGGCCGCGGUGGUCUAGCGGUUCUGGCGCUGCAGUUCGGAACCGCGGGACUGCUACGGUCGCAGGUUCGAAUCCUGCCUCGGGCAUGGGUGUGUGUGAUGUCCUUAGGUUAGUUAGGUUUAAGUGGUUCUAAGUUCUAGGGGACUUAUGACCUAAGAUGUUGAGUCCCAUAGUGCUCAGAGCCAUUUGAACCAUUUGACAACUGAGAACUGGGUAAAUACCCAAUAUGCAAAACAUUGCACAGAUACUUUUCAGACAUGUUUACGAAGAGAGUGGCAAAAAAAGCAGUGCAAACCGAACUAAUACAAAACACGGAAUUAUAAAUUUCUGCUUACUUUUUAAACACUCUUCGUGUUGCAAGAAUUGUUAAGUUCCAAUGCAGACCCUUUAAAGAAAACUUCUACAUUUUAGUAGAAACACAAAGUAAGAACAAGCCUUAAAUUCUACAGAUUGAUUGCACUAUAUCUGGUUCGUCUUACGAAUAGAGGAACAUACAUUCACAUGAAGAGGCAUUCGGUUCUAUGUUUGUAGUAGAAUACUGACUUCCGUUCUUAUGUUAAUAUUAUUUACUCUAUAAUGUUUUGUUUCGAAGAAGCUAUCGUCUUUUGUUUUCCUUAUACUCUUAAUGCAUUUGUCUAAAAAUAAACACAGCCGGGACGUAUCUGUACGCGGCGUCGCCACAGAUAUGAAGCGCGCACCGCCGCAGGGCCGGUACUACGUUGUGAAACAGCCUGUAGAAGCGCCCUGUGACGUAGCAGGGUAGGCAGAGUGGGGACUCGCUUGCUCGCUCUUCAGUUUACAGACAGACUAU